AAUGUACAAGAGCAACUUUGUUGAAUCUCAAUCGUUUUUCAACAAAUAUAUGUAGUAAGCUAUGAAGAAUAAGAAAAAGGCUAACAAUGAAGAUGCAGCUGCAGUAAGAUGUUAAAGAUGUUUAAAAUAUGGUCAUUUGACUUAUGAAUGCAAAAAUGAAAAUGUGUAUUUAUAUAGACCAUCAAGAACAAUGCAAUUUAAGUAAGUAUAUCAUUGACUAUUAUUUAAGAGAGAAAUAAUUAUAAUAUGAAUUAAAUAAUGAAAAGCCACCUGAGGUUCCUGAUGCAUUUGAUGGAGAUUGGAAGAGAAGUACAAAAAAGAAAGUGCCAUUGGAAGUAUCUUCAGAUUCAAGUAGUGAUGAAUAAGUAUAACUAAAAAAAGAGGGAACAACAAUUAAUGUAAAAAAAUAAAAAAGUUCAUCUUCUGAGAGUAGUAGUGAAGAAUCAAGUAGUAGUGAUAGUGAUAGUGAUUCAUCAGGUUCAUCUUAAAAAAGAAGAAAAAAUAGAUCUAGAGAUAAAAAAUAAAAAAAAUGAA